AGUAAUCAACAAUGGCACUAAUAACUCGGUCACAUACGUUACUCCACUCUCGUUCUUGUUAUUCUUCGCCAUUUUUCAACCGACCACUUUCCCUUCCAUUCCCCACUCGCGCCACGCGCCUCCGCUCCUUUUCAUGCGCCACAAGCAGCAACAGCACCCUUUCCGAUUCCAUUGUGGCCGAUUUGCUCGAUUAUCUGAACGAAUCAUGGACCCACUUCCACGCCACCGCCGAGGCAAAACGCCAACUCGUGGCUGCGGGGUUUCAGCUUCUUAAGGAGAACGAAGAAUGGGACCUUAAGCCCGGUGGACGCUACUUCUUCACCAGAAACAUGUCUUGCUUAAUUGCUUUCGCCAUUGGACAAAAGUACAAUGUUGGCGAUGGUUUUCAUGUCAUAGCUGCACACACGGAUAGUCCUUGUCUGAAGCUGAAGCCAAGAUCUGCAUCAACCAAAUCGGCAUAUUUGAUGGUCAAUGUGCAAACCUAUGGAGGUGGAUUGUGGCACACCUGGUUUGAUAGGGAUCUGAGUGUUGCAGGGAGGGUCAUCGUGAGGAGUGGUAGUGGUACUGCUUAUCUGCAUAAGCUUGUCAAAGUGAAGAGGCCUCUGUUGCGCAUACCCACCCUUGCCAUUCAUCUUGACCGUUUAGUGAACCAGGAUGGAUUUAAACCAAAUCUAGAGACUCAUCUUCUCCCUUUACUCUCAAUGAAACAUGAAGAAACUUCUUUGGAAUCAAAAGAAAAGAGUACUGCAAUGUCAUCUAAAUCUUCUCAUCACCCAUUGCUGAUGCAGGUAUUGUCGGAUGAAUUGAACUGUGAUGUUGAUGACAUAGUGAGUGUUGAACUAAAUGUUUGUGAUACUCAACCUAGCUGCCUUGGUGGUGGAAACAACGAAUUCAUAUUUUCUGGAAGACUAGACAAUCUUGCUUCAAGUUAUUGUGCAUUAAGAGCACUUAUUGAUUCAUGCGAAUCUCCUGGUGACUUAGCAUCAGAGCAUGCAGUUCGGAUGGUUGCUUUGUUUGACAAUGAAGAGGUGGGUUCAGGUUCUAUUCAAGGAGCUGGUGCACCUACCAUGUUUCAGGCCAUAAGACGCAUAGUUGGAGACUUAGCAAAUAACCAUGUUGGUGAAAGUUCUUUCGAGCGUACUAUUCGCCAAUCAUUUCUUGUCUCUGCAGAUAUGGCUCAUGGAGUGCAUCCAAAUUUUAUGGAUAAGCAUGAAGAACACCACCGACCAGAGCUGCAGAAAGGGCUUGUCAUUAAACACAAUGCGAACCAGCGAUAUGCUACCAGUGGAGUCACAUCUUUUCUCUUUAAAGAAGUUGGAAAAAUUCAUAACCUACCAACUCAGGAAUUUGUGGUUAGAAAUGAUAUGGGAUGUGGAUCAACCAUAGGUCCAAUACUGGCUUCUGGGGUUGGCAUCCGAACUGUUGACUGUGGAAUUGCUCAACUUUCAAUGCACAGUAUAAGAGAAAUAUGUGGGAAGGAAGAUAUAGACAUUGCUUACAAGCAUUUCAAGGCUUUCUAUCAAAGCUUUUCAAGCAUAGACAAGAUGCUCACUGUGGAUAUCUGAGAUGCACUAUAGAAGGUGUUUGACUUUUGAGACAGCUUGCUUCCAUAACUUCUUUGUUAUGCUAAGGUUUGGUUUUGCAAACAUGAUCAAGUUCGGCUUCUAUAUGGGUCUGCUCAAGUGGAGAUGUAAAUGGCUAAAUGCAUUAUAUAACUAGAAUGUUCUUGUCAGUGGACAGUGGUUGAGUGAUACCAUCAAGUUUGAGUGCCUACUCUUAUUCGAAGGCUACUUUCCACCAGACUAAUUAUAACUUGAAAUAGUUAAUCAAUUAUUACAGAUUAAUUACGCAA